AUGUCUUGGCUCGGUGUUCAACCCCUCAAGAAGUUCAACGCUCCCUUCUUGAAGCCUUACUGGCCUUUCUUCGCCGCCGGUGUUGUCAUUGCCUACGGCGUCAACUCCGCCCAGAACGCCAUGAUGAACUCCGCCGAGUUCAAGAACGACCCCCGCAACCCCAACGCCAAAACUGGUGGCCACUAA